AAAUAGAGUAAUAUUUCAUAUAAAUUAAGAAAUUAUGUGCUUUGACAGUCACUUCUUGCGCCAGUCUCAUCCCCUUACUGCUUUUUACGACGUCAUUCCCUAUUUACCCACUUCGCAACCCACACCACUCCCGCAUAUCAGUUUGUAGACGAGAGUUAAGGUUACCUGCUUCAACAGUGCUUGAACGGCAACCUUAUACUCGUUUGAAGCAAUUUCAUUUUUAUUCAAUUCUGUCAUCCCUUUUAAGAACCAAAUUAGAUCAAGCUAUCCAUAACAUUUCGGAACAUCGUUGAAACGAACAAUUCGAAUCACUCACACCACCUCUUCGGACCAGAAAAACCACAAGAAACAUGACUUCUCAGGUGAGACAGAACUUCCAUCCGGACUGUGAGGCUGCCAUCAACCGGCAGAUCAACCUGGAGCUGUACGCUUCAUAUGUCUACCUGUCCAUGGCGUACUACUUUGAUCGUGAUGACCAGGCCCUGCACAACUUUGCCAAGUUUUUCAAGAACCAGUCCCACGAAGAGCGUGAGCAUGCUGAGAAGCUGAUGAAAGUUCAGAACCAGAGGGGAGGGAGGAUCUUCCUGCAGGACAUCAGGAAACCAGAGAAGGAUGAGUGGGAUAGUGGUGUGGCGGCCCUUGAGGGUGCCCUGCAGCUGGAGAAGAGUGUGAACCAGUCCCUGCUGGACCUGCACACGGUCUGCUCUAAACACAACGACCCACACAUGUGUGACUUCAUUGAGACACACUACCUGGACGAGCAGGUGAAGUCCAUAAAGGAGCUGGGUGACUGGGUGACCAACCUCCGCCGCAUGGGUGCCCCCCAGAACGGCAUGGCCGAGUACCUGUUUGACAAACACACUUUGGGGAAGGAGAGCGCAUAGAUGGACCCUCCAUUUUCUUGCUAUAUCCUAUAGCUGUAUUUCUCUGUCUUGCUUGAUAUUAUAUCUAUAAGACUGGUCUGUUUUUCUGUCAGGGACUGGCAUCAAUCAAGUUUAUUCUUGAAUCCUUAGUUUGCACUUAGUUUGCACUAUGUUAUUCCCUCCAGUUUAACCUCCAGUUCCUAUAAGCCAUUUCCCCAGGCCAGUAGCCCUUCUCAUCUCUCUUCCAAUUGACUGUCUAGCCUGCUUGUGUUUUGAAGGCAGUUGUCAUCAAACCAAAUAAAUGAAACCCUCUGGAUUCUGA